AAUAGAAUGACAUAUGGUAAAUGGCAAAUUUGACAACCUGAUUCGGCGUCAAUAGCAGUCGUAAAUUCACAGAUCUUUUAAUUUUUUGUUUCAGCCGGGAACGUGUCGUUAGUGUUGUAUUGCUAUAAAAUUUAGUGAAAUGGCUUUCGUGAAAGUUGUGAAGAAUAAGCAAUACUUCAAGAGGUACCAAGUUAAGUUUAAGAGGCGUCGCGAAGGUAAAACCGACUACUAUGCACGCAAACGAUUAACUGUCCAGGAUAAGAACAAAUACAACACACCCAAGUACCGUCUGAUUGUUCGUCUCUCAAAUAAGGAUGUUACAUGCCAAGUGGCAUACUCACGUAUUGAAGGAGACCAUAUGGUCUGUGCAGCUUAUUCCCAUGAGUUACCGAAUUAUGGUAUCAAGGUUGGUUUGACCAAUUAUGCUGCUGCUUAUUGCACAGGUCUUCUAUUAGCCAGACGUCUACUCCAAAAACUGGGAUUAGAUACACUUUACACUGGUACCACUGAUGUUACUGGUGAUGAGUACAAUGUAGAGCCAGUUGACAAUGGACCAGGUGCCUUCAGAUGUUACUUGGAUGUAGGUUUGGCAAGAACAACUACUGGCGCCCGUGUAUUUGGAGCCAUGAAGGGAGCAGUUGAUGGUGGUCUUAAUGUUCCCCACUCACUCAAACGAUUCCCAGGAUAUGAUGCAGAAGCAAAGAAAUUCAAUGCUGAAGUCCACAGAGCUCACAUAUUCGGAUUACAUGUUGCUGAAUACAUGCGUAACUUAGAACAAGAAGAUGAUGAUACCUUCAAGAGACAAUUUGGCAAAUAUAUCAAAGUUGGUGUCACUGCUGACUCAGUUGAAAGUCUUUACAAGAAAGCUCAUGAAGCCAUCAGAGCGGAUCCAGCACACAAAAAGAAGGAGGCCAAGAAGGAUCCCGCCAAACAGAAACGCUGGAACAAACGUAAACUUACCCUGGCAGAAACAAAGAACAGAAUCAAACAGAAGAAGGCAUCCUUCAUUAAAAGACUGCAAGCUCAAGCAGAAGCUUAGUGGCUUACUUUACAUCAAUAAAGCCAUUAAAACAG